CUUGCUCMCACUAGCACCGGCGAUUUCGUUCGGGUCCCCUGCGAUGCGAGGGAACCACGGUCGCCACGGCGAUGAAAGCGACGAAAGCCACCACGGGCUCGGGCUCCACCGCCUCGCGAGGUCCUCGAAGUGGGCCGGUCUGGUCCGCCGGUGCCGGACCCACCCGUUCGAGGCUAGUGCCGAAACGAUCGACCCCUCCACUGGAAACACGGCCCUCCACUGCGCGGUCGGCCUCCGGGCUCCGGUCGACGCCGUCCGGGCCCUCCUGGGAGCGGCACGCAAGCUGCCGGGGGCUCCGUCCCCGGCGUGCAUGCCGAACCGCGCCGGGAGGCUCCCCCUGCACGAGGCCUGCCGGCACCGGGCUACCGCGGAGGUCCUGGAAGAGCUAGUCCGGGCAUGCCCCGAGGCCGUCCUGUUGCGGGACGGCGAUGGGUCGCAGCCCCUCCACAUCUUCUGCGACCGGGGGGGGGCGGUCUCGUCGAUGGAGGUCCUGCUAGAGGCCCUCCUCGGGACGGCCAGGGGGGCAACGAUGAUAGCGGGAAAGGACUGCGUUCUGGGAAAGACCCCGCUGGAGAUCCUCGACCACCGCAAAAACCGUGCGGCCUUUGCCUCGACCGUGGAAUCCCUGCGGUCCAUGCGGAGCCGUGAGCGACGGCGCUGCGACAAGAACAACAACGGCGGCAACAGGAACAACCACCGCAGCAGCAAUCACUCCGAGACGAACCAUCGCAUGAACAACCGCCACCGAAACAGGGCGGCGGACUGGGAGGACCCGGAGCGCAUUGUUGGGGAGGCGAGGGGGACGGACUUUUGGCGCAAGGCGCGGCUCCUGCUCCUGGCGGAACACGCGUCCGCGGGCCCGUUCCCGCCCGGCAAGUGGAAGGACGGGAGUGUCCUCCGGGCGUGCCUGGCCGCGGGGUGCUGCCCUCCCUCUCUGGUGGAGUAUGCCCUGCUGGCGCACGGGGAGGAGCUGUCCGAGCCGAACGCAAGGGGGGACCUCCCCCUCCACGAGGUAUGUGCCGGCCGCGGGGGGGACCUCCUCGUCUCCGCGGUCCUGGAGGCGCACCCGGGAGCCGCCGGGGCCCGGAACGGCGACGGCGUGUUCCCCCUCGGGGCCUACCUUGGGAGGGAUUGUCUCAAACCCCCGACCCAAAAAGGCGUUCUGUGGUCCCUGGUGGAGACCCACCCCCUUGCGGUCGGCUCACUCGGCCUCGGCCCUUGCCUGUAUCCCCGGCUCCUCUCCAAGCUAGCGGCCCGGCCGAACCAGGGGCUAGAUGCCGUCUUUGACGUUCUCCGGGAUACUGCCCCGGUCUUGGUUGCGCAGCAACUGGCGUGCGAUCGGGGAAACCACAGCACAUCUAGAGUUCAUUCCAAAUAGGCUCGGUUAGUUUUUUGUGGU